AUGUCUUCACUGUACCACAUCACAUCGGAAACGAAACUUCAAAUAAGGAAAUUCCGCACCUCUACAUCCAGAACUGAGACCCUAAAGUGCCUGUGCAUUGCGAUUGAACCAAAACCUUCGUAUCAGAUAGUCAUUGAUGAAGAGAUACAGGAGGAAUUAGAUUCAGAAUUAGAGCAAUUGAGUGAUCUGUCAGAUAUUUUACCUGACAACAUACCAAGGUUUGUGCUCAUGGCUUACCCAUCAACUUCAAAGGAUGGUCUCAAACAGACGCCGCUAGUACUAAUGUUUUGGAAGCCUCAAACUGUGGUGUCUCAGGAGUGGAAAAUGCUAUACGCUGGUGCCUUAGAGAUGGUCCGAAGUGAAUGUGGCACAUUCAAACUAGUGGAAGUUACUUCAGGUCUUGAAGACGAGGAUGACGUUGACGAGCUACAAGAGCAACUCGACUCGUGCAAUUAA